UGUGCGUCACCUCCUUUAUCCUCUGCGCCAUGCUAACUGAAAUUACCCGACAGCUGCAAUUGUAGUUAAUUUUAGGGAAUUCUCUGCGGUUUCAGGUGAGGACAGUAACGAGGACCAAGCGGCCGCCUUCAGCCACGACUGCCUGAGAAAACAUUUCCCCGGAACAUCGUGUGUUUGUCUUGUUUUCCGGCAUCUUCUCACUCUCUGUGUUAGCAUAAACCCGCUAGUCAGCUUAGUGCAGCUUUUAUUCUCAGGAGCAGCUUUGCAGCUUUCUGUUGGCUGUUUGGAGGAAACACCGAGCUGUUUAAAUCCAUAUUAUCAUGAAAUAACGCCCUCAGCUUUGUCGAAAGAGAUAAUAGCAAGUCGUGAUGCAGCAGUCAGAGAAUACUGGAGAGGAGGAGGCCACGGUAGAUGUCCACUUCACCGAUUUACCGAACGCCCUGAUCGCCUGUAAAGUCCCGGAGGAUUUGUUUAAUGAAGGCAGCCUGAAGGCCAGCUUUGAGGCCUUGUUCCGUUCGUUCGACCCGGAGGUGCAGUUCCAGUAUUUCAAGUCCUUCCAGCGGGUCCGGAUCAGCUUCAGUGAUGCUCUGGCUGCCGCUGAGGCCAGACUCCGACUGCACAAGACUGACUUCAAUGGCAAAGAGAUGAGACUCUACUUCGCCCAGUCUGUCCACAUAGGAAGUCCUCGUCUGGAGCCUCCCAAGCCGGACAAGCAGUUCCUCAUCUCCCCCCCGGCCUCCCCUCCGGUCGGCUGGGAGCAGAGUCAGGACGCCACACCGGUCAUCAACUACGACCUGCUGUGCGCCAUCUCCAAACUGGGACCAGGAGACAAGUACGAGCUCCACACCGCCACGCCCACCACCCCCAGCGUGGUCGUCCACGUGUGCGAGGACGAGCGCGGCGACAGCUCGGCACUCGACGACAGCGACCAGGACGACAAGCCCCGCCCCCCGCGGCCCAAGAUCAUCCAGACCCGGCGCCCUGACUACGCACCCGGAGUGGAGCAGUGAGCGACGACGACAGGGAGGGAGCAGAGUGUAACAUUUCAUCCUGAAGUGAUCGGUGAACAUGCUCUCAGAGCUUUGAAGAAGGUUUGGGGACUUUGAGAAGGCGCCCGAGGGUGCUGUCCCGUAGACGAGCAUUUCAUAAGACGGAGAGAGAACACAUAGCAUUGAAUGCUGCAUUCAUGUCCCAUGGGAAUGACAGGACGUAUGAACUUUGUGAUGAUACUGACUCCUUGUGAAUAUAAGGUUUGGAGUUUGACAUGAAAUAAAUAUUAAUUUUGAAGUGUAGGAAAUCAUAUAUGCUAAUGUUUUAACUAUCACGGAGGAAGACUUUGCUGGUUUGUGUUGACAUGAAAUUUACAGAGACUACGUUUGGUCAAGAAAGUCCGUAGACGACCACUCAAGCGAUUUGAAUUUCUUCCCACAUGACAUGAAUGCAGCAUCGAUCUGAUGAGUCAUGUUUUCCUCAUCUAGAGUUUCUGGACUGAACGGACUGAAGAGGGAAACUUUUUUCAGUGGAAUUAUGUUAGCGAUAACCAUGUGACUGUUGAUAUUUGCUAGGGUGCUACAUGUGUCCGUCAGUGAGCUGUAGAGGCUGAGGAGCUCCAUCUUCCACACUACCGGCUUCUGCUUUUUAUUUCCCGAUCUCCCUUCAGAGGUCGUGCUGGCGCUGCAGCUCCCCAUCACUCUUCACUCCUGUUCGAUGUCUGUUUCGCAGCUGCUUUGUGGUUAAAAUGUAAAGUCGAGGCUCGCCUUACUCACAUUCUACGGGCCGUGUUCUGCUUUCACUGAAGCGUUGUUCUGAGAUGAGGAGUUUGCAGCCACAGUCUUGUUCCUGUAAUGACUUCUAACAGUGUUUCGUUUUUUUUUUUCGAUUCUGGUGUUUCUGGUUGUGGUCUAGCGAAUGCUGUUUAAUGAAGCUAAAUGCCUUUUUCUAAAGCUUUUUUGUGUGUGAAUGUAGAACUCACAUUCAGCCCGAGUUCAUCUGAGGGCUACACCGACCAUUCUGUUAAAAAAAGAAAAAAAAGAAAAAGAAAAACAGGGCUAAACUUCUUUUCGCUCCUGCGUGGGCUGAAUAGUAUUCUGAAGUCUGUGUGGGAAAAUACAACCGCAGUACUGUUAUUCAACCGAUGACCCGGAGCCCAGUUUGUCUGUUCUAGUGGGAAUCCAUCUGAAAAAAAAGUGCUCGUACGUGUUGGUGUCCUGUUAUGUUUUUUUGCAUGUGUGGGUCUAUUUGUGUUGCUUCUCCUGUCGUCACGUCGGCCUGCUGCACACACACUGUUGUUACAUUAUCAUGUCCUGACACUCCACAGAUGUUGUUAUUUUCUUUAAGAUUUGUACAAAAUGUUACAACAACUGACGUUUUCAGACCUCACAUGUACCUGCUGAGCUCUUUGUGCUCUAUUCUUCCCUUCUGUUGUGUCAUUUACGAGCUAAAUUUUAACAAAACAUGCACUGUGUAACUCGGUCUUAACACGUGACGACAUAAAAAUUGAAAUUAACAAGUGGAAAUAAUCUGUUUUUAUCUUCAGUUGCUUUCUUGAAGAAGUUGUAACAACUGAAUUAGAUAAUAUAAUAAUUCUGGUUGAAAACAUCUAUAAAAGGUGUUUUGGUCGCUUCAGCAGAGUCAGACUACUCCACCGAUUGCAAAUUGUGCUGGUUAGUUUGGUUCCAAAAAAAAAAAAAAAACUGUAUUUGCAGCUAUUCUCAGUUAUUCCAGCUUCUGUUUUUAGUUGCUUUCAUAAGUUUUCUUCUCGUGGAUCUCGUUCAGGACGUUGGAAAAUGUUUGCUAGUGGAACCAGCACUGUGAAGCAUCAUCUGUCCCGGUGGAGGUUGCAUAAGGCUCUGUUAGUUUAGCUACUUUCUACUAGUUCAUUUGUUUUUAAAAGAAGGAAUUAUUGAAUUAUCAUCAAAUAAAUAUUUGACCAUCUAA